AUGUCAUUACUUUCUGUCGUUCACGACUUUAAAGCCCUUUACUCGACCAGAGUACAUCAAAAAGAUAAAAGAUGGGUCGAUGGUAGACUCCGAUACUAUGAGUUUAAUAAGAAGAUUGAGGUACUUUCUGAAGAAGGAUCGCUUGUCAUGAGCGACUUUUAUCCACAGAACGCCAAGCCGCCAUUAGAGAGUGGCGUAUUCGAAGAUGGGAAUACGUAUGUUCUACCGAGUGGAAAGAUGGUGGUCGAAUUUUCGGAGUACUUAGGUUGCACAGAACGUGAUGUGUCUAAAGUGUUUUCCAAUAAGCGGGUGAAGGAAUUCGGUUCCCCUGAUACAUUCAUACCUAUGAGGCAUAUUGCUGCACCUCCCAAAGUCCUUAUAAGACAAGAGGAUUCUAACCUGGCGCUAACUUUGAAUCCAGUAAGGCGGGUUGGGCUCGCCCGGCCGAAAAAACAAAUUAAACAGCGGGACCUCUCUAGCUAUAUUCAGCCGAUAAAGCUUACCACCGAACAAAAGCUAGCCAAAUACUAUCGGCCUUUCUCGAAGAACCCGAGGAUCCCACCUGGCAGUAAUAAACUCACUAGAAGAUUGCACGCUGCGCUAGGUAUACCUCUGUUCGAAACAUAA